AGCACCCGUCCCAUUCGAAUCAUUCCAUCCCAACUCCGGACAAAAGCAACAGUAAAACUCAAAAUCUAAAAAAUUUUCGGAGAAAAAAAUUUCAACGGAAAUAUUCAGUCAAUUAAUUUCUGUGACAAAAAUUUUUAUCAUUUAACAAAUAUUUAAUAUUAAUUAUAAAAUCAGCAACAUGAAUAUGACAGUGGAGGACUACGAACAUUAUCAACGCAUCAUGCUGGAGCUGGAGAACGAGAAGCUCUUGACUUUUGAGGAUAUCCUGGAACUGACUCAGGUAUCUCCCCGCGCCCUGGCCAGGACCCUUGAUGCGCUGGUCCGCGAACGUCGUUUCUACGUCGACAAAAAGGGAAAAGGUCCGGCGGGAGCUGCUGGAUAUUCGGGGACAUUGGGACAUGCAGGAACAUCGGGACAUGCGGGACAAUCUGGAACCUCGGGACUACCGGGACCAUCAAGAUAUUCGGGACUACCGGGAUACCCACGCGCCCCUGGAUACGGUGGAGCUGCGGGUUACACAUCACACUCUGGACUCCCGGGACCAUCCGGUCACUCAGUUAAGUCGGGAUCAUCAGCGUCCUCUGGAAUAUCGAAAUAUCAAGGAUUGAUGCCAUCAGGAUCGAAAGGCGCCAAGAAGAAACUUGAUCUGGAAUUCGAGAAAAAGGCAGCUUCCCAGUUGGAGGCCAAUGAUGGCGCUGGCGCCCUUUGUUCAGCUUUCAAUACACUGAACCUCAACGAGAUGGAGGAUGACGGCGAGGUCAUGAGCUUCGAGGAGCUGGUCGUCCUUACCCGUACACAUCCAUUGCUGCUCGAACGCAGCCUUCGCCACAUGGCUCGCCGUGGCCGAUUCCUGAAGGACGAAUAGAUCGACGCCGUUCUGGAACAACAAUCAUUCAAUCAAAAAAGAAGCGAGUUCAAAUGUUUGAUGUUCAAUUAGUUUUUAUAUACAAGGGGUUACUUCACAUACAAGACACACUUACAAGUAGUUGCGGCGUUUUUAAAAUUUUUAAAUGUUGAAAAAUUAAAAUAUAACAAAAUUUGCAUGUUAAAAGCUAAA